AUGCCUUCCGCUCCCGCUGGUCAGGACAUCAAGUCCAUCCUCGAGUCUCGCCCUCUCAAGUUCAAACUCUCCACUGGCGGUGCCAAGUACGAGUGCCACAUUCACUCUGACCGUCAUGCAUAUGAGCGUGUCAAGGCUACUCGCACCGGCUCAUCUGCAUCAAUCUCAUCCGCCUCUACCGCGUCUUCCACCUCAUCCAAAUAA